AUGGCGGAUGUAGGAGUGAUAGUGCGAUCAGACCAGGAACAGGAGGCGAUUGCCGUUUUCUUGAGAGAAGUCAACAAGGACUGCGCCGAAAACGGCUUGAGUCCUGUGGGAACAUCUACCGCUCUUAUGUUCCUUAUGGCUAGGAAAUUUAAUGUCGAACGAGCUGUGAACGUAUACAGACGAUAUCAGCAUGAACGUCAGAUGUAUUAUUUGCAAGAAUUGGCUCCAUAUGAUCAACCUUUGAGCUCUGAACUUCUUGGUGGGAAGUUUACAGUUUUGGAUGCUCGUGAUUCAGGAGGUGCAGCGAUAGCUAUGUUCACUGCUAGCAAGCACUUUCCUGCAGCAACAAGUCACAGGACAGUUAUACAGGGAAUUGCAUUUCAGCUGGAUGAGUGUCUGAAAAGUUACGAAACCCAAAAGAAUGGGUUAGUACUGCUCUACGACAUGACAGGAUCAGGCUAUCAUAAUUUUGAUUAUGGUCUUGCAAAAAAAGUCAUGGAUCUGCUGAAGGGAAGUUAUCCAGCCAGGCUCAAGAACGUCUUCAUUAUCUCCCCUCCACUUUGGUUUAAGGCUGUGUUAUCCAUUUUCAUGAACUUUCUCCAAGAAAAACUGAAGGAAAGAAUUGAGGUAGUUCCAAGGGAAGCAUUGCCACAGAGAAUUCCAGAAUCUUCUAUUCCUGAAAGCUUAGGGGGAUACCUGAAAGUGGAUCAUUUAGCUUGGUUAAACAAGUGCUUCGAAUCAUACUCACAGACACUUCAAGAAAAGGGUAGUUUGAAUGGGGAAGCAAAAAACCUUGAAAGACAUGGUGGAAAUGUGUCAAACAAAGUUGGCACUCUAGCAUUUGAUCAAGAAGCAGGCAUUGGAAUUGAAGGUGCUCUCACUGUAAUGGAAUUUAUCGAACACAUGAUGAAGUUACAAAGAAGGGGAAUCAAGAUCCAGUAUUUCAAUUUAAAGACCAAAGCAGUGGCUGAAAUUUUUCAGUCUGCAAGACUGCCAGAGAAUUUGAAGAAAAACAGGUACACUGAUGUCCCGUGUCUAGAAGAAACAAGGGUGAAGCUGUCUAAUUUGGAUGGACAGACGUCAAAUUACAUUCAUGCAAACUUUAUGGAUGGAUACAAGCAAGCACGGGCAUAUAUUGCCACUCAAGGGCCCCUGCCCCACACCAAAGGUGAUUUCUGGCAAAUGGCCUGGGAACAACAGGUUUAUGUUAUUGUCAUGGUAACAAGUCAGGGGAGACGCGAAGAAUUGUCCAUUUCCAAAUGACCUCAUGGCCAGAUUUUGGAGUGCCCUCGUCUGCCGAGUCGUGCCUACAUGUCAUUGGUCUGGUCCGGGAGGCACAAAAUGAUGCAGUGCAAGCAUUAGGGUCCAAAUGGAAGGGACACCCUAGAGGCCCGCCCAUUAUAGUACACUGCAGUGCAGGUAUUGGUCGCACAGGGACCUUCUGCACUAUUGAAGUGAAUGUGGCUCGUUUGGCUGACGUGGGAAAAUGUGAGGUAUUUAACACAGUCAAGACUUUAAGAACUCAGAGGGCACUUACUAUUCAGACACCUGAACAGUACGAGUUUUGUCACGUGGCCAUAUUGGAGCAUGCGCUGAACAUGUCAAGUACAAGGCAAGACGAGAAAGAGGCAAUCACAGACUUCUUGGAAGGCUGGAAAAUGCAGCGGAGAGAUUCUAGUGACACGGAUUGAGCCCAGUGUACUACACAAAAGACGGUGAUUGGACUACAAAGGGUAGGCCUUAGUGGUCCAAGUGUUUUUUAACGACUCACCCCUCUCUCUGUCAGGGAUAAGUGAUAAUCAGUUCUAAUUAAACAGCCCAGAAAGCUUCCAAAUGUCAGUGAAGCUCGAGCGUGGGAUACCUCCCCCCCCCCUCCCCCCGUUCAAAAUUCCCUCUCGUGUAUUUGGUACAUUUACCCUUGGGGAAUCCUCAGAGUGCAAAAACAAAUCAAAAUCAAAAACCCUCAUGAAAACGCACAAAAUAAUUCUAUACCUUCAAAGCUAGCAAGUAUAGCAAAGAACCAUUUCGUUUACAUUUGACUUUCUAGGUGUGCUUGUUAGAUUCUCAACCAUUUACACCCUAACAUCAUUCUGCAUAUUCUCCGUACUGUUCUCCUCCAUACAUUCCCUAAGGUGCUGACAAGGAGAAUUUGUUUAACAGUUUAGACCUCCUUAAGUUAUUGAUCAUUUCCUUAUAUUCUAACUUGAUGCUUGAUUCAGAGGUGAUAUUGUAAUGAGAAAUUAGAUGCUGGUCACUCUUUGGAGUUAAAAGGUUUAACAAUUGAGAUGAAACUUUUGGUUGUCUCCUUUUUCUAUUUAGUAUAAUUUCAGAGCUGAGCAAAGAGUUUCCAGCAAUCUGAUUGGUCGAGCGAUUCCUUAUA